AGCGCUGCUUUAAUCCACGUAACUAAAUCUACUGAACCGUUCAGCGCACAGCAGCUGCUUCAAACAACAGAGGGGCCAAAAUGGACGUUUUCAUGAAGGGGCUUUCUAAAGCUAAAGAAGGCAUGGCGGUGGCUGCUGAGAAAACCAAGGAAGGAGUGGCGGUGGCGGCCGAGAAGACCAAGGAAGGCGUGAUGUUCGUGGGGAGCAAGACCAAAGACAGUGUGGCGACGGUGGCUGAGAAGACAAAGGAGCAGGCGUCUCAGCUGGGCGGGGUGGUCCUCUCCGGAGCCGGAAACAUUGCUGCUGCCACCGGCCUCAUGAAGAAAGACGAGUUCCCCACCGACAUGACUACUGAGGAGUACGGACAGGAGGCCACUGAGGAGCAGAUGGGAGAGGGCAUGAUGAACCCACAGGGGGAAGCAUAUGAUGAGAAUCAGCAGGAGCAGAGCCAGGACUACGAACCUGAAGCAUAAAGCAGUCAUUCCAACACAACGUCUGACCAGCAGCACAAUAAUGUUUCUAUCAAUAAAAGGACAAGCAUCGAACUCAUUCCAAUAACCCCUGUUACAAAUAAUAAUGAAUAAAUACAUUUAAAAAAAAACUUAACAAAUAAACAAACAAAAAAAACCAAUUAUUCCUGCUAAACAUGUUCUUCCUAUAAGAUCUGUAUGUAUAAAUAAAUAUAAAUAUACUUUUAAUAUGAUCUAUUGUAAAUGUCCUGUAGCGUGGUGGGUAUAGUUCUUUUUAUCGACUGCCGGGCGACGCCAGAUCUCGUUUCCUUGAUUCCCUCCCAAAGAAACGCGACUCGCUCGCCCUUCGUGCCUCUUUGUGCCUGUGUACGUGUGUUUGUAUCUGUGUAAUAGAUGUUCCAGAUCUUCCAAUGCCAUAUUGGGGGUAAACAGAUGUGUGUAGAGCUGUGUAUGAUGCCUGUUUGUGGGUUUCUUUUUUUAAUUGUAUUUUUUCGAUAAUAAAGUUGUUAUUUUAAUGUUUUUCAGGUACAAGUUUUAUACAUUGUAACUUUAUAGUUGCUUGUAAAAUCAUUCCAGUGAGCUCUGUUAGAAAUGAGCAGUUUGUUUGUGCGUGCUCGUGCGUUUGUGGGCGUGUGUUUGUGUACUGAAGAUUUUAAAAGUUAUUGUAAAAGUGUCUAUGGAUGUCAGAGUAGUGCUUCGCAAUGCUGGAAAUGUCAAUAUACAGGUUUCUGUGUCAGGCAAGACGAGCAAAUCCUCUGUGUAAAUAAACAAAUAAAACAAAACAAAAACCAAAA